AUGGAGUUUUUGGGUAUUAAACUUGCUGGGAGACAGAUAAGAGAUCAUAUCAUUGAUGUUCACUAUCUUCUUCUGUUUAUUAGCUGUCACAGCUUAAAAAGCUAUUUUUUGCAGCCAUUAUAUGAUGCUAUUAAAGAUCUCAUGGAUGCUGCUUUUGAUGAGUCUUCUUGCAGUGGUUUAAACUCAAAUGAAAAUACAGUUGAUAUUGUUGCAAAUAUCUUUCUUGCAACAUGUCAAAUGGCAAGUGGGAACUGUGGUGAUGAUUUCUAUCAGAUGAUGAUCAAACAAUUACAAAUACUUAGCAUUGCAAUCUCUGGGAUCUGA